AUGCAAAGUCCUGCAGCUGGGGAGAAACAGCCUCAGGCACCAGUAUGUGCUGGUGGCCAUGCAGCUGGAAAGCAGCAUGGCAGAAAAGGACAUGGGGACCCUGAUGGCCACCAAGUAGAACGUAAGCCAGCACCUUGCCCUUGUGGCAAAGAAGGUGAUGGCCAGUCUGAUAUUUUGUACAAAUUUUGGACUGCAGUAACUCGGACACUUUCCUCUCAGUUUCAGUCAGCAACAGACUCCUCUAUGUUUUUGAAACAAGCUUUUGAAGGAGAAUACCCUAAAUUACUGAGGCUUUAUAAUGACUUGUGGAAGCGCCUGCAGCAAUAUAGCCAAAAUAUUCAGAGGAAUUUUAACACAACUGGAGCUACUGAUCUCUUUGCUGAACUACAACAAAUGGAAGAAGAUGCACAGGACAUAUUCAUGCAAAAAACCCAAGAUUAUGAUCCAGAAAAAGCCUUGAAAGAUUCAUUGCAACAAUAUGAAGCUGCAUAUUUGUCAAAAUCCUUAUCUCGACUCUUUGAUCCCAUCAAUCUCGUCUUCCCUCCUGGAGGUCGGAAUCCUCCUUCUUCUGACGAACUUGACAGCAUCAUUAAAACUGUAGCCAGUGAACUAAAUGUGGCUGCUGUUGAUCCAGAUCUGAGUUUAGCUGUUGCAAAAAAUGUGGCAAAGACCAUUCAGCUCUACGGUGUAAAGUCUGAGCAGCUUCUGUCUACUCAAGGAGAUGCCAGCCAAGUGAUUGGACCGCUGACAGAAGGACAAAGGAGGAACAUGGCUGUAGUUAAUUCGCUGUAUAAACUGCACCAGUCAGUUCUGAAGGUCAUUACCAAUCAGAGCUCAUUUCCAGCAGCCGCUGAGCAAACAGUCACAACUGCCUUAAAGGCAGUCCAUGAUCUAAUGGGUAGUGCUGUUCAACCGUUACUGAACUCUGUAGAAGAUUCAGUAGAAGCUAUUAUCAUCACUAUGCACCAGGAAGAUUUUUCUGGAUCAUUAUCCAGCUCAGGAAAACCAGAUGUCCCUUGUUCUCUGUACAUGAAAGAACUACAGGGUUUUAUAGCGAGAGUCAUGAGCGACUACUUCAGACAUUUUGAGUGUUCUGAUUUUGUCUUUGAUAACACUGAAGCCAUGGCUCAAAGAGCAAUUGAACUUUUCAUUCGCAAUGCCAGUCUAAUAAGGCCCCUCGGUGAAGGUGGGAAGAUGCGGCUUGCAGCGGAUUUUGCACAGAUGGAGUUAGCAGUGGCACCACUGUGUCGGCGAGUCUCUGACCUAGGAAAACCCUAUAGACAGCUGAGGUCAUUCAGACCGCUGCUGUUCCAGACCAGUGAGCAUAUUGCCAGUAGCCCAGCUCUGGGAGAGGUUAUUCCAUUCAGCAUUAUCCUUCAGUUCUUAUUUGCAAGAGCACCACCAGAGUUAAAAUCACCCUUCCAGAGGGCUGAGUGGUCCAUUGCCCGCUACUCCCAGUGGCUUGAUGAUCAUCCAUCUGAAAAAGACAGGCUCGCUCUCAUACGGUAA